AUGACUGAAGGACUUUCCCAACUCAAUGAACCCAGGGCCCUGCUCUCCAAUGCCACCGGCUCUACCGAUUGCGGAGAGGAUGCCGUGCUGUAUGGGGACGCGGAAAAAGUGGUCAUUGGGAUAGUCAUCUCCGCUAUCACCCUGUUGACCAUUGCAGGGAACAGCCUGGUGGUCAUCUCCGUGUGCACCGUGAAAAAGCUUCGGCAACCGUCCAAUUACCUGGUGGUUUCUUUGGCCGCUGCAGAUCUGUCCGUCGCCCUGGCGGUCAUGCCAUUUGUGAUCAUCACGGAUUUGGUAGGAGGCAAAUGGCUGUUCGGGGAAGUCUUCUGCAACCUCUUCAUUGCCAUGGACGUCAUGUGUUGUACAGCGUCCAUCAUGACCCUCUGCGUCAUCAGUGUGGACAGGUACCUGGGAAUCACUCGACCUUUGACCUACCCGGUGAGACAAGACGGGAAACUGAUGGCCAAGAUGGUCUUCGUGGUUUGGCUUCUUUCUGCUUCCAUCACUCUCCCUCCCUUGUUCGGCUGGGCCAAGAACGUCACGGUGGACUGUGUGUGUCUUAUCAGCCAGGAUGUUGGCUACACCAUCUACUCCACCGGCGUGGCCUUCUACAUCCCCACGACUGUUAUGCUGGUCAUGUACCACAGGAUCUACCAAGCGGCCAAAGCCUGCGCUCGGAAACACCGCUUCGUGGACUUCCCGAGGCCUCGCCACCGGGACCGUAUCUCCUGCGUAGACUCUGGCGUACGGCCACCACGGAGCGUCAAACGCAGCCAGGCCGCCAAGGAGUGUGCCCCGUUGUCCAAGUUCCUUCAGGAAGACCACAAGAACAUCUCCAUCUUCAAGAGGGAGCAGAAGGCCGCCCGGACUCUCGGCAUCAUCGUGGGCACCUUCACCGUUUGCUGGCUGCCGUUCUUCUUGAUGUCCACCGCCCGGCCUUUCCUCUGCGGCAGCUGGUGCAGUUGCAUCCCGCUGUGGUUGGAGCGGACUUUGUUGUGGUUGGGCUACACCAACUCCCUCAUCAACCCCUUGAUUUACGCCUUCUUCAACCGCGACCUGAGGACUACUUUCUGGAACCUUCUGCGCUGCAAUUAUCGGAACAUUAACCGGAGACUUUCGGCGGCAAGCAUGCACGAGGCCUUAAAAGCCACCGAAAAGCACGAGGGG